AUGUUCCAAUUUGACCCUAAGUUAUUUAGCAAUGAAAGUCCGAGCGUUGUGUAUCCUGGUUGCAGCGGAGACGAUUAUGGUUCUGUUAAAAAUGGCAAUGGAACUGGAGCUAUUGGAGAGUUAUACAAUAGAAAAAUCGACGUAAUUUUCAAUAAUCUUUUCUUGAAGGACUAUCACGUUAACAAUUCGGUGUUUACGGAUGUUAUAAUGGAAGAUCCGUUAUGUGUUGUGGUUCCGGCUGCUAAAAAAAUACCCACUUGGAUGGGUGUUAUUAGGGUUUUUAAUUGGUUGAUGUGGGUCUAUAUUGUUGUGACGUUUACCGUUUCUGUUUUUGUGUUGUAUAUGCUUCAAAGAUUCACAACGAAACGUUACUUAUCAGUUUUAGGAGCAACUUUAGAAGUUAUUAAAAUUGUAUUUAAUACAUCCGAAAUGGUUCACAAAACAUCCAAAAUCACUGAAAAACUUCUAUUAAGUACUAUUAUAUUUUUCGGCCUCAUUUUCUCGACGAUUUUUCAAAGUUCUUUGGUCAAUGUGUUGACAGUACCAGGGUUUUAUCCGGAAAUUGACACCCUCGAAGAUUUGGCAAACUCCGAGUACAGAGUAUCAUCCAGUUCUAGUAGCUUGGCCAGCACUUUCGCGGGAUUUAAAUCCCAACAUAUGGAGGAAUUAAACAGGAAAUUUUACAUUGCAAACAGUUCGAUGCCGAAAUCUCUGGCGUAUUUAAUCAGAAAAACAAAAGGGAAAUACCUGACGUUCAAGCAAAAAUUCGAAACGAGUGAUAUUAAAAUGCAUCUUGUGAAAGAAUGCCCCUUGUCAUACUUGUUGGCUUAUUUAACUCAUAAACAAUUGUUCUUUUUACGUGAUUUAAAUCGAGUUAUACUAGGCUUGGUGCAGGGUGGUUUUAUUAAUAAAUGGGAAGCUGAUGCGGUGAGAAAUAUGUCAUACAUUAUUAUUGCAUCUACCAAAAAUACAACGAAAACUAUUGAUGUUGGUUUUUCUAUAAGACCUUUUGAAUACGACGACUUAGCUUCUUGUUUUAUUUUACUAUAUCUAGGAUUGUGCUUUAGUUUGUUGAUGUUUGUUUUUGAAUUUAUUUAUGGUUGUAGAAAUCGAAAAACAAUUCCACUUAAGAAGCAUUUUACUUUUAGAAUACCAAUAGCCUUAUAUUACAAGAAAAUAUCGAAAUAAAUUUUAGUAAAUAAUUAAAAUUAAA